UAAAAAUAAUACUUCAGUGACGUUUGACCAUAGUGAGUACAAAAGAUGAAGCUAAUUGUAAUUUGUAACCCUCCGUAAAAAGAACCUAAAAUAUUGCAUUUGCUGAUGAGAUUGGACAACCUAGUCUCGAUUCUCUUGGCUGCUAAACUCAUGGAUUGCUUGAUUUUAUCGAAUGGUUGGUAAUUAUAGGGGAAAUAACCUUCGAUGAUGACUCAUACCCAUGUCAAUCCCACUUGGAUUGGUCCCAAAUCAUUGACUCGACGUUUAAUUCAUCUAAUCUUGUCCCAAAUCAUUUACUUAAAAAAAAAAAAAAUCUGUCUGCUGUUUCCUCCAACAUCAAUCGCUUUCAAUAAAUUGUCCGAUGGCAUGUUUUUUUCCUUUCCUUGCUACCCUUGGCUUUGAUAUUUUUCUCCUGAAUCACCCAUAUAAAUACCUCUUAAUAGAGUUCUCAGUAGAGCUCCCAAUUAAUAUCUUAGUCUCAAUAGUUUCAGUUUCUUGAAUUAUCAGUUACAUCUAUCCACUUUACAUCUAGAGGAGUUGCUUAGGAUUUUGGCAUUGUCAUUUUCGUUAGCACUAAGCUAGGCUUUUUUGAAUAUGUAUUCUUCUACUUGUGCUACUUGGAGUUGUGUAUCUUAUUAUUAAAGUUUCAGUAUAUACUAAGUUCUGCAGCUUUUCAAGUAGAGUUGCUGAGGAACAAUUAACAAGCAUGACAAUAACAGGUGGUCCAAUAAUUAAAGAUGAAUGUCUCACGGUGCGUGGCAAAGUUGUCUUAACUGGGGUGCCAGAAAAUAUUGUCAUUACAUCAGCAAGCUCCAGUUCUGCAUUUCUGGGAGCUAAAUCAAUGACAAUUAGUUCUCAUCACGUCUUUAACCUUGGAGUUCUUGAUGAGGAUUACAAAUUCUUAUGCCUCUUUAUUGUGAAGAUUUGGUGGAUGAUUCCCCGUGUAGGAAAAAUCAGGAAGCGAAGUUCCAAUGGAAACUCAGAUGCUUCUCCUGGAAGUCGGAGAAGAAUAUGUUGUUUUGGAUGAGGAUGAUUCUGCGGACCCUGUUCCUGAAAACUGUUGAGAAACGUUCCUGAAAACUGUUGGGAAACGUGUGAGGCUAAUAGAAGAGAAAAAUAUUUGAAAGAGAAGCAAUAAAUUGUACAAGACAAGACAAGAUUUACGUGGUUAAGCAAUUUUG